GAGAGCGGAGGAAGGAGCGGCCCCCGGAGCGGAGAGUGAACUUGGAGAAAGACUGGGGUGGAUUUGGUCCUACCACCCCUUACUGCGACUUUUUUAAGGCUUUGAAAUCUUUUCUAAAAGAAUAUGGAAGAGAAAAACGUUGACAAGGAGUCGCAAAAUGGACCUGAAUCCAAAUCGAAGAGUGCGAAGAAGAGAAACCGUCACAAGAAAGGGCCAGUGGAAGUAAUAGACUCUGAUAAAUCAGCAGAACUAAAUCUUGAAGAUGGUGAUGCCCAAGGGUCACGUAGUUUUUCCAUUCAGGACAUUCGGAAAGCAAUGGAAGUUCUCUCAUUUCAACAGAAACCAGCAAAAACUACGGAGGAGGCAUUGCAAAAGCAGUACAAAUUUUGGAGCACUCAACCCGUGCCGAAAAUGGAUGAGAAGAUUCAGAACAAUGAACCAAUAGAACCGGACAGACGCCCAGAUGAAAUUCGACCUACACCAUUUUCAUUACCUGAUGGGUUUGUUUGGGAUACUCUCAAUCUUGAUGAGCCUUUAAUUCUCACUGAACUUUAUACACUUCUGAACGAAAACUAUGUGGAAGAUGAUGACUCCAUGUUCCGUUUUGAUUAUCAACAACAGUUCCUCAAGUGGGCACUGCAGCCUCCAGGAUGGCUAAGAGAAUGGCACGUAGGAGUGAGAGUUGAGAAAAGUGGCCGUCUUGUGGGAUUCAUAAGUGCUAUUCCUGCCACACUAAGCAUCUAUAAGCAUUCUCAAAAAAUGGUGGAAAUUAAUUUCUUGUGUGUUCACAAGAAACUAAGGAGCAAAAGAGUUGCCCCUGUACUCAUCAGGGAGAUCACCAGGAGAGUGAAUCAAAAAGGAAUCUUUCAAGCGGUCUAUACAGCUGGAGUUGUUCUGCCCAAGCCUGUAGGCACUUGCCGAUAUUGGCAUAGAUCUCUCAAUCCUAAGAAAUUGAUCGAAGUCAAAUUUUCGCACCUUAGUAGGAAUAUGACUAUGCAACGUACUCUGAAAUUGUUCAAGCUCCCAGAAAGUACCAAAACACCUGGGUUUAGAGUGAUGCGACAAAGUGACAUUCCAGCAGCACAUAAAUUGCUUAUGGAUUAUUUACGCCGCUUUGACAUGGUUCCUGUUUUUACUGAAGAGGAUUUCAGACACUGGUUUGCACCUCAGGAUGGCAUUGUUGAUAGUUUUGUUGUUGACAAUGGCAGAGAGCUCACAGAUUUUGUUAGUUUUUACACACUGCCGUCUACUGUGAUGCAUCAUCCUGUCCACAAGACUUUGAAAGCAGCUUACUCAUUUUACAAUGUAUCCAACAAAACAGGCUGGAUAGAUCUUAUGAAUGAUGCAUUGAUUGCUGCUCGUGAUAUGGGCUUUGAUGUGUUCAAUGCCUUGGACUUGAUGGAAAACAAGGAGUUUCUAGAGCCUCUCAAAUUUGGUAUUGGUGAUGGGAACUUGCAGUACUAUCUGUACAACUGGCGAUGCCCUGCUAUGCAGCCCAACAAGAUUGGCCUUGUUCUUCAAUGAGAAUGUCUAGUUUAUCACAAAUGGUGGGCACAGAGGAUGUAUUUAGCAAACUCGUAUCUCACCAUCUGACUGACUCACAGUCAAAUCAAGUGUGAAAGGCACAACAUUAUAUGUGAAUCAAACAUGCAUGAAUUACUGUUAAUAAAUUAAUCCAAAUCUUGGAA